CAGAUUGCUGGAAGAGACCUCUGUUCUAAAAUUGGCUACACAGAAAAACUUGAAGUCAGCGCUGGGGAUGCUAUCGAAUACCUGGGAAGACUGACAGGCUGGGAAGAGGAGGAGGAAGAGGAGGGAGGGAGAGAAGGGGGGGAGCAGGAGGAGGAGCAAAGCAGCAAAGAGAAGAAAUCAGCCCCUCAAAUGCAUUACAUGAGCUGCUGAAUAAAGACACUCAGCAGCAUCAGCAACAAGAAUAUAACAGCAAGGAUUUUCAUGACUGGUGUGAUAAGAUAUGCUCCAGAGGUGAAGACAUAACAUGGAGUUUAAAAGAGGAAAAACGUUCAUAAAAUCUAGCAUGCAGUUGACCCAGGACAAGUUACCUUUAGUGGGUUUGAGUCCUAGAGAGAAGACUAAUAUAGGAGCAAUCAUAAAAGACAGAAGCCCUCCUGAAAUUGAAACCUCCAAAGCAAGUUCUCCUACAGAUAAAAGUGACAGCAUUUCCAACACAACAACAAAGACUGGAUCUAAUGAGAGCAUCCUAUUGCUCCCAGAAUCCUUCUACAAACCUGUUCGGAAAAGUAAAACCCAUGACUGUGUUCUAGGAGCUGUAAGCAAAACUGAACAAUGCAGCCUCCAUAACAACAGCUCUGAGGAGGGCAGUGCUGCUCCUGGAAGAAUGAAAGGACGACUCAUCAACAGUGCCAGCUUUUCUGGGCUUGGGAAUGUCCAGAAUUCAAGUGGCAAAAAGGAAUUGGUGGUCAACUCAAGCCAUUUCUUGAACAGCCCACAGCAGAUGAUUGAUUACCGCAACUUUGUGCCACAGAUGCCCUUUGUGCCAGCUGUUGCCAAAAGUAUCCCUAGAAAGAGGAUUUCUCUGAAGCGAUCCAAAAAAGGUCUUCGGGACAUAUUUCAUAUUAAAAAAAACAAGCCGGAGAGCCUUGCUAUAUUGUCAGAGAAGCAAAAAAGGCUUCCAUUUCCAGGGUGCAAGUCAGAAUUGGCAGGCAAGUUUGGUAAAUAUUUCUUCAAAGCUGGAGAAACCUUCAAUGCUGACUGCUUGGCACAAGACUUUUCUGAUGGUGAGUUUCUGUCCGAAUCCUCCUAUGAGUACUCCGGUGCUCUGUGUGAAGAUGUUGCCUCCCUGAAAAGUUUUGAUUCCCUCACUGGAUGUGGAGAGAUCUUUGCCGAUGAGAGCUCUGCCCAUAUGGAGCUGGAGGUUAGCAAAGAAAUCUUAUUGAGGCAGUCUCAAAAAAAGGAGAACCCUGCCAUGGGAUCUUUUCAAGGUGGAGUGGAACAGCUUGCCUCCCCAGCCCAAAGUGAAGCAGCAGACUUUGCAAAACUUUGGGAUAAUAUCAACAAGUCAGUGCAAUUGCAUCAGAAAACAUUGUUUGAUAGGAGGCUAUUGAAAAUACCUACGGGUGAGCUGGGAAAAGCUAGAAGUGAAACAAGUGCCUCAGUAACAGACCUGCUUUCUUCCCCUGACUCGUCUAAAGAGAGUUCCAUAGACACUGGGACCCCAAAGAGUGAUAAUCAAGAAUCCAUGUCCACCAGUGAUGAAGGGUACUACGAUUCAUUUUCUCCUGGCCAAGAUGAUGAAUUAAGGGAAGAUCAAUCCCCUGGAGUACCAGGGAGAUUUCCAAGAGACAGCUACAGUGGAGAUGCCCUUUAUGAGCUAUUCUGUGAUCCUAACGAAGCUCAAACCAGCCCAGUACUAGAUGAUGACUUGUGCAUGUCUGAAAGCAUUUCAGAAAAGGCCACAGAUAUACCUUUGUCAAUUUAUAGCUUUCACGUUGGGUCAGAAGAAAAAAUGGCUUCCCAGCCAGCCGUUGACAUCAUCAGCCAGGGUUUCCUUCAUAGCACGUGGAAAGGCAAAGAGUGCUUGCUUAAGCUUUGUGACACAGAGCUGUCUCUGACCAUGGGGAUUAUCAACUGGUUGCGGAAUAAUCCAGGACUUAUUUCCCCCCAGGAUCUCCCAAAGAAUCCUCAGCCACAGUUGAAAAAAGUCGGGCAACCAGUAUCCUCAAGUCCUAGCAACACACAUCAGAAGAUGUACAAAGCAGGUCUGGAGGAAAAUAAAAACGAGUCAGAGACAUCUUUGGUCAACAUAAACAAUGGAAUCCAGACAUACUCUGUAGAGGGAAAUGAAAAAAGCCAAAGUGAUAUUCUUUCAUAUAGCUCACCUCAGGAAAGUUCUCAAGAAAGGGGAGGAACUCUGAGUGGAAUGUCUACCUUCAUAACAGACAAUAGCAUAUCAUGUAGCACACAGAGAUCAGAGGAAAGUUGGGAUGAUCUGCUGAGUUCAUCUGAAAUUGAGAAGAUCUCUCUCUUAGAAGAAUGCACCGAUCCUGCCACUGAAGCAUUGUCAUUGGAAGUCCUAAAUCUGGACACAAUUUGCCAAACCAAUGAGAAUGCUUUGGUAACAGAUAACCACGAUGCAGAGUCAUGUUCCUCUUACAUGACUGCUGCGACCUCUCCAGAUUCUUUAGAGAAUGGAGAAUUAGAGAAUAGAGAAAAUGAGUCGAAGGAUCAGUCCUGGCCAAUUGAAUGUGAUAGGCCAACAGAGCCACUGACGUUCAGUCAUUCCCAAAGCUGCAUCAGCCAGACUCCAAAGGAGGAUGGCACUGACAUAAUGCAGCUUUUGGAACAUUGUGUCAACCAGGUUGCUUCCCUAAAGAUCAACUGUGAUUCUGAAAAGAAAGACUUGGAUGAUAAAUGCACUGGAAGUGAAGUGAGCCAUCACAGUGACACCUUGGCUCAGUUUGAACAGCAACUGCUGUUGCAAAAUGAAUGUAGCUGUGUAACUCCUCUGGUACAUAUUUCAGACGAAGGUAAUAUUAAGGCAAAUGUUGGAUAUAAUGUCCCAUCUCUCAUGAAUCUUGGGGGAGAUCUCAUUUAUGUUGCAGAUCAGAAAAACUCAACCAUCCUUGACUGUAUGGGCCCAGUUGCAAAAAAUAAAUUAAGCUUUGAAUAUGCCCAGCUGAAUAAUCAAGCCCUGUCCUAUAUCAAAGAUUUCAGAUUUGAACACUGUACUCAAAAUUCUACUGACAUGACAAAAAUUUGCAGACCCACAUUUUUACCACUGUUAAGUUCCAUUUGUUCAGACACAGGUGGUGGCUUUUCACAGUCUUUCUGCAGAAGAGGUGGUUCAAUGGAAAAGCUUUCAGAAGAUCAAAAGGGUGGCACACCUUCGUGUACUUAUCCAAAAUUCCCAUGUAAGCUACUGCCCCAAGUAGCCACUCUUCCACUUUCAGAGGAUGCAACCAAAGAGAAAGCAGUGGUGGAGAAGAACCAUGAAAUAGCUUUCUGAUGUAAGGUGCAGCUCUACGAUUCUUGCCCUCUGCUUGAUAAAUAUGUAUAAGUCAAUCUCUAUUCUGUGUCAUAAUGAGGUAAGCAAGUGGUACCGUCAAUGACAGAGACCCUGAAGAUACUACUGAGGAUAGCCAUGGUUUCCACAUCUGUUACUGGAAGAAUGUAGAUAUUAAUGAACUUAAUAUUCUUAUCUCUUUCAAGCUUAUCACCCGGCCCCUUGAAUGUAUAUGUGCAAUGUAGAAUGACAUGCUUGCCCAUAAAGGGUUGGUCACACUGAAUCAGAUGAAGGUACUAUUUCUAUUUUAGAAUAUUGGAUAUAUGUUGAAAAAUGAUUGUCUUGGUUUAGGUAAUUUAGGGUGUAGGGAGAAAAUAAUUUCUCUUCUGAAUGAUUGCAAUAUUGUGGUAUUUCUACUGAAAGUCCGUGACUAAGUCCAGCCAAGUCUGUACAAAUCUUUGUCUGUAUGUCUAGUAAACUGACUGAAAGCAUCACCAAAAAGC